CCCCUAUAAACACGACUUCAUUGCUUGUGUUCAAGCAGUGAGAUCAGAGGAAUUGAAUUAAGCUCCCAUUAACUGAUCAAAAUGGCAAGUGUAAAGGUCUUUGGAUCACCAACUUCAACUGAGGUGGCUAGGGUUUUAGCUUGCCUCUUUGAGAAGGAUGUGGACUUCCAACUCAUUCGCAUUGAUAGCUUCAAGGGCAUGGCGAGGAAACCAGAUUAUCUCAGGCUACAACCAACAGGUCAAGCUCUCACUUUUGAACAUGGUGGUAAAACUCUCGUUGAGUCAAGAGACAUAUGCAGAUAUAUAGCAGAGAAAUUUGCAGACCAAGGGAACAAAGAUCUUCUCGGAAAAGGAACACUGGAGAGGGCAUCCAUAGAACAAUGGCUACAAACAGAGAUGCAGAGUUUUGAUCCACCGACAUCGGCAUUAGUGUUUAACUUGGCAUUUGCUCCAAUAUUGGACCUCGAACCAGACCAAGAGGUUAUCACCAAGAGCAAAGCAAAACUAGCCAAUUUGCUGGAUGUUUACGAGCAAAGGCUUGAGGAAACAAACUAUCUUGCUGGAGACAAGUUCACUCUUGCAGAUCUUUCUCACCUUCCAAACACACAUUAUCUCAUUGCUGACAUGAGAUGUGGGCAUCUUUUUAGGUCUAAGAAGAGGGUGAGCAAUUGGUGGGACAAGAUAUCAGGGAGGUCGUCGUGGAAGAAGGUGUUGGAGCUGCAGCAGCAGCCACCUCCAGUGCUCUAAAUGUUCUCAAGUUUGUGGGGAAGUUGCUUGCAUGCAUGUGAUUGCAUAGCUAAGCUGGUUAUAUACUAUUACUACAUUUUGCGUCUGUGUUUUUUUAUGUCUGUCUGUGGUGCGCUUGUCUUGUUGGUCUUGUGAUAUGGAUGUCUAUCAUCUCGUAUUAUCUAAUCUACCAAAUAAGGUCUAAAA